CGAACGAACGUGACCCGGGAAGUGUCAAGAUCUGCGUCGUCAGUGACUCCUUAUCUACCCCGCCGCCCUCCGAACGUCUCCUCUUCUUUCUGCGGGUGACAAAGACGUAAGACGACAACCACAACCGCACUCGAGUGUUGUUGCGUGCGUGUUGCGUGGUCUCAGUUCAACACGAGGAAUCCAUUUUUCUCCUUCAAGGACCUUACAAGGCAGCCAUGGCGAAUGCGAACGAAGAGCUUCCUCCGGAAUAUACCAUCAUCACGGGAGCUUGGGUGCUUGACUUGUCCAGGUUUGGGUAG